ACAUGAGAACAUUUUUGAUUGAAAAAUAUAAUGUAUGCCAAAGUGUCUGCCGAUUGUUUAAUUGACUUUGUAUACCAGCUGUUAUUUGUAUUAAUCCUAAAAACAAAAACGUGGCCGGUGCAAUGAAGCACUCACUGCCCGAUAACGGCACUUCAGAAAGAAACGGCUACCAGGAAAUAAAGUGAUUGAUUUAUGACCCUUCCGUUUUGCUGAUUCAGGAAAAAACGGAAAACACAGCUGUUGCCUAACCCAUGGACGUACAGCACAGUGUUUAUCACAUAUUCAUAUGUUAUUUCAACCUUUCAUGCAUAAUGUGCAAUUGUGACAUAACAAGAACCUAAUUUACAAAGUGAACCAUUGUUUACAUCACAAUGCUUCACAACUGGUGUCAUCUUCUAAUUUAAAGCUUGAAAUUUUGGACUUCUUAUAUUUGUGCAAGACCAAAAUUAUUUUCUGGACAAUGACAACAGGCAGUUGUAGCUUGGGGGAUAUUUUAAAUGAGGAAUGUAAUAUCAAGACCUAUAGCAAGGAUUUUGGGAUAGCACAAAUUAGUGAUUUCAAUGAGAAUGAAAGAAACCUUCUGACUUGCAGAACAGGAGUGGAAGUGUCAAAUUUUGCUACGAUUUGCAAUCACCAUAGGGCCAAAUAUAUAUCAAAGUAUGAAUUUUUGCAGCCAAAAAAGUGCUGUAAUCCUUUUAAUAGUCACAAAAGGCCUGUAACAAAUGGUUUAAGAAGCAUAAAUUGGAGUAUCCAUAACAUCCUAAAGAGCCAGAAUAUUUUCAUCGCCCCUGGUAGAAGAAUCUGUACGAAUUGCCAUGUCAAAACUUUUACAAUAGAAAAUAAAUAUGAUGAAAACAAAGAACCCCAUCAAAUUUUAGCUGAUGAAACUCCUGGAUUCACUGCAACUGCCUGCAAAGAAGCUGUAAAUGCUAGUUUAAUAUCUAUUGGAGAAUCGCCUCUAAAAUUGCAUAGUCUUUCACAGAAAAGUCGUUUGAAAUAUGGAAAGAGGAAACUGGAAAAGGUGGAAUCAAAAUUCAGGAAAAAAUUGUCAUUCACACUUACAGGAUGCGAAGGAAGUAUUCCGAAUCCAGAUAGAGAUAUGCAUACCCUUACCACAAUGGAAAAAGACUAUUAUAGACUUCUCGACGAAAUAAAAGAAAAAAUUGGAGAUGCAAUAACACGAUCAGAAAAAUUAAGACUUUUGACUUUGGCCCCUAAAAGCUGGUCUCGCACUAAGAUUUCAAAUUAUUUUAAUGUUAAUCAAAGUUUGGUCAAAUCAGCCAAAGCUUUAGUGAAAAAAGAAGGAAUUUUAGCUGUUCCACCUAAACCAAGUGGUAAGAAGCUGCCAGUAGAAGUGAUCAAGCAUGUUGAGGAUUUUUUUCAAGAUGAUGAAUUCACGCGUUUGCUUCCUGGUACUAAAGAUAAAGUUAGUAUAGCAAAAAAUAGUUAUAUGCAAAAAAGAUUAAUUUUAUGUACGCUAAAAGAGUUGUAUAUCGCUUUUAAAGACAAGUAUCCACAAUUGAAAAUUGGCUUUUCCACAUUCUGUACCCUUCGUCCUAAAUGGUGUAUGUCCGUAUCAUCUCCUGGUAUGCACAGAGUGUGUGUAUGCACCAUACACCAAAAUGUCAUCCUGUUAUUACGUGCCGCACAGAUUAAAGAAACAUAUUCGGAUAUAAUUAAAAUGACAGUAUGCAGUCUCAGUAACAGGCAGUGUAUGUUGGGGCAAUGUGACAAGUGUCCGAAAGAAAGUAAUUUAGUUGAAUGGUUGAAAGAAAGACUCCAGUGUCAAGAGGAAGUGCGUUUCAAACAGUGGGUUAACACAGAUAGAACAGACCUUAUUGAUAAUACCCUCAAUGUAGAAGAAUUCAUCGAAUAUUUAGUGGAAAAAAUUUUGGCUCUAGCACCUCACUCGUACAUUUCGAAGGCCCAAUCAAAUUAUUUCAAAAACCGAAAAUUAAAUAUGGAACAAACAACAGCUCUCAUACUGAUGGAUUUCAGCGAAAAUUAUCGUUUUUUUUAAUUUGUGCCAACAUCACAAAGAUUUUAACAUCAAAGCCUCAUGGUCUUUUUUUGCCACUAGUCAUGGUAAGUCCGCUUGUGAUGGUCUCGGUGGUACCAUCAAACGCACAACUGCUUUAAAAAA